AUGUACUCAGCCGUAAAGCUCGAAGAAGAAGAAGAAGAAGAAGAGGGGAGGACAGCGACGAUCGUCAUCCAGUCGAGCAGCCGUCUCCUCUUCCAGCCCGGAUUUCAGUGGCUUAGACUCCGAGAAGUAUGUAGUAGAGGAUCGUCGUCGGUAGGGCAAUGAGCAUGCCAAAGAUAACCCUGCACAGACGAUUUUAUCAGACAGAGACUCCACGGAAGAGUAGUUUACUGUUCGAUAAGACUUGACAAUCAUCGCGUGUUCUUGACUUGCUUCCUAGUAAAAUGAACGCCCCGCUCCGAUUCCACGACGGAUCGCGCGGCCCUCUAACUUGUAAUUGGCUGUCUCUCUUAAGGGUGCGUCGUAUGCUUUGACGGCAUGUUGGACUAAUCAUGCGGGAGUCAGACUUACGACAUGUUAUGAUCAUGAUCUAUGUUUUGACUGCAUUCAUUACGUGUUGUGUUUAAUAUGAGAGUAUCUUGACACAUUUUCCCUCCACAUGGUGGGCGUCUAAGUCAAAAUUAAUAUAAAAUGACUGAGGUAAGCACUUUAAUGUUGGUCAAACGUCUGACUUAACGCAUUCGAUAGUCGAUUAUUCUAGUGAGAGAAAAAUAUGUACAAAGAUGAGGCCGAUCCCGCUUACGCUGUACUUAGGACCUCCGCAUGGCAGCUGUACUCCUUGGCGAAGACGAAGGGGACGAUCCCCAGAGGCAAAGCUGCCUGCGGGCAGAUGCUAUGAGAGUGAGUUACGAAACCGGCAUGGAAAUCGUACUCGAAGGCGCGCAUUAGGGUUUUGGAAUCCACCUGAACGAUGGCAAUGCGCAGUAGCACACCGCGGAGGCCGAUGGCUGUGGAGGUCGCCGCGGCUACGGCCGGGCCCGUUAGGAACCUCACGGCCGUGGAAAACGCCGCUAUGGAUUUCCCGCAGGCAAUGAUCUUGGGUUGCAGAGCCAUGAAGAGACCUGAUUGCGUGACCAAACAGGGUUUAGACGAUUGUAGACGUGGAAUAAGUUGUGAAUCCUACAAUGUGGGCAUCGGGAAGAUGAAGCAAUGAACACCUAGGCUGAACAUAGCCAUUCCUAGCCCGGCGUCGGAGAGUAUAGACACUGAGCCUCUCACAAUUGCAGGCAUCUCGAGGUGCCACCUGAAUUGAUUCAGCUUGAGUUAGGACGAAGACAGACGUUGGGGAAAUGGGCUCUGGCCUUGUUGGGAAGGUUAGAUUGA